GUUCAGCUAGGCCGCUGUUCUCACACUUGUCACACAAUGGCGUUUCCUUUUGAGGAAGGUCCAAUUGACAUUGAAGCACAAAUAAUUCGGGCUAUUCACCGUGAGAGAGUGAUAAGACCACAAAUUGAUAUCCUUUCCUUUCCUGAUGAGUUUUUACAAAAGCGCUACCGUUUUUCUGCGGAAUCUAUACUAUAUUUGAACAACAUUCUCCAUCCCCACAUUUCGAAUGUUAUGCAUCGUGGAUUCGCUCUCAAUUCUCUCCAAACGAUGUGCAUCGCUCUCCGUUUUUUUGCCAUCGGGAGUUUUUUGUACAAUAUUGGAGACGCAGAGCAUAUCCGCAAAGCAACUGUUUCUCCGGCGGUACGUAAAGUUUGCCUUGCGCUAAAGCGGUUCAUGCGCAACUUCAUUCGUUUUCCUGGCCACAAACCUACGAGGAUCAUCAAAGUAGAGUUUCAUCAACUGGCAGGCUUUCCAAACAUCAUUGGCUGCAUUGAUGGGACGCAAGUGCCUAUUAAAGCGCCAUCCAUAAACGAGGCAGACUAUGUGAACAGGAAAGGUUUCCACAGCAUAAACGUCCAAAUGAUAUGUGAUGCCUCAUACCUCAUCACAAACGUGGAGGCGAAAUGGCCAGGGUCAGUACACGAUGCCAGGAUGUACCGGGAAUGUAAUUUGAGCAACAAGUUCCAACGGGGAGAAUUUGAUGGGUAUCUUCUGGGGGAUAGAGGAUACCCAUGCCUUCCGACGCUCAUCACCCCGUACCCUGAUCCAAAUCCUGGAGCGCAAAGCAGAUUCAACGUGGCCCACAGCAGAACAAGAGUUCGAAUCGAAAAUACUUUCGGGAUUCUCAAGGAGAGAUUCCAGUGCCUGCGUGGGCUGAGGGUCUGUCCUGAGAGGGCAUGUGAUGUCAUUGUUGCGUGUGCCAUAUUGCACAACAUUGCUACGUUGCGCAAUGAAUUAGUUCCAGAUAUUGAGGAGCUGGUACCCGAGGACCACAUUCAGCAAAUCGACAGAGAUGGUCAAAGAAUGCGUGAUGAAAUCUGUCACAAUCACUUCAAUUAG